UUUUGUACUUCACUGUGAAGUCUUCACACAACUUAAUGAAUUGAUUAGCUUACGAAUAGUUUAAGUCCUAGAAGUUAAAACUCCGAAAUUAGCCAAGAGCAAUACUUAAUCAAUUUCAGUUUGAUUUUCUAACCCUUCCUCUCCCCACCCAUAGUUCUUUUAAUGCAAAGGUGAAAAAUAUUACUUUGUAAGAUGCAACCUUGAAUUGAUUACCAUUACCUUAAAACAAAAUUUUAUCCCCCAUUUUGUACCUUUCAAUGGGUUAGGAAAACCGCCUCCUGAGACAGUUCUCUUUUUGACGUGGUCUUGUUAACACGGACAGUUGCAGACUUGCAGGGCAGUUUCGUAGUCCUGCAUGUAUUCCAACAGCUAUCAUCAUGCCCCGUUAUUUCAGUUCUGUAGCUUUAUUUUUUGCGUUCAACAACAGUAGCCUGUGUUGCAAGUUAACUAAAUGCUGUUGCGGUUGUUCACUUCAAACAGGAAGCAAAGUUAUUGGAGUAUUAUCUUUGCUGGCCGGAGUUACUGGAUUCCUUCUGGCUGUAAUCAGCGUCUCUAGUUUGAAUUUACAAAAUGGAAUUCACGAACAACUAGCUUCUUCUAUCGGAAUUAUUCUUGGAGCUUUAGUGGUGAUCGCUAUGUCAAUCUCUGCGUUAGUCGCCGCCUGGAAGAAUUGCAAGCCGAUACUCCUUGUGCCUUGGCUCGUAUUGAAUGCUUUAUCGUUGCCUAUGUUGAUUGCCUCCGUCAUCUAUUAUAAGGACCAUUGGCUAACAGUAAAAGAAGGAGGGACUUGCUCUGGAACAGGUUUCAUCGCAUGGGGUCUUAUUGUAGGAGGAAUUUGGUUUUACUUCUGGUUGGUGAUAAACAGCUACUAUCACCAACUGAAGGCAAAGAAGAAGCCACCACCACUACCAGACGAAAAGACUGUCAUGCGAUUUCGAGAGUGCGAAAACAGCGUUAUUAGAGUGGACCAAAUGCUGACCCAAAUGGAAGCCUGAGAUUCAUAGUACUUGUCGGUAAUAUAGUGACGUAGAUAUAAUAGCAAUAGCUUUGUUGAUAUGCGUCUUCCCUUGCGUUUCUGUUGAAAUUACUGAAAGAAAAGAAGUCGAGAAUAGGUAUUGUUCUCCUCGAUGUUUUUCUGUAUGUUUGUUUCGUUAGAGUAUUUCAUUUUGACUUUUGUUAAAGUUUGUUGUUUAUCAGUGUCGGGUUGCCGUUAAACCAUUAGUUAGGUUUUUUUUCCGGUAUUGUUUUCAUUUAGUCAGCGCACCGAAUUCUAUUUAAAUGUUUUUUUUUAGCUACACACACUAAACUUAACAGCGUGUGGUGUUGCUAUAAUCCCCCUUUACCCAAUUGCCAUGCAGACAACUUGGAAAUAAAUUCCUACAGUUUCUCAGUGCAAGUGUAGUGUGUUAAAUUUAUUGUUUUUCAGAUUUUUCUUAGGCAACGACAUACGUUUAUAAGAUAGUCUAGUCUGUCUAGUUAGCUGUAAAUUUUAAUUAAUUUUUUUAUUGCGAAUAGAAAGUGUGAUUUUCAGUUAGUGUUUGCGACUUGCUUCUUAUCCUUUUCCCUUACUGUUUCUGCGAAAAGUAUCAUCAGACGGACGACUGUUAUUGCUAACGUUUUAGUUUUACCAAACUCGUCACAUAUUUUCAGUGUCUUUCAGUAAAAUACAAUUGGAUUUGCUUCGUUCCUUGUCGCAGACAAAUGGCUUCCAAAAUAAGCGGUGAUGACGAAGAAGAUUUUCUUAAUUGUGGCAUAUGUUUUGAGUAUUACGAUUCCGACAUUCGCGUACCCAAACUUCUGUGUUGUUUUCGUUCGUGUUGUUUUUUCUGUCUGAAGGGAACCAUGAAAGAAAUCACGUCUACUAUCACGUGUCCCUUUUGCCGACAAGAUACAAAAUUAACUGAUGGCGUGAAAAGCCUGACGACCAACUUUUACAUUAUGCCAAGGAUUGAAAAGACGAUAGCUCAAAGGAAGCAAGAAAUGAAAGUGGCGUGUGCAACAGGAUCGUACAAUUCACUCCAGCCAACCGACACUUGUUCGUCAACAUCGCCCCAUAUGCAAAGCAAUAAACGCCUCAUGUGUUACUUGCAAUUCAUGGUCAACGGAUAUCUCAUCCAGCAAAGGGUAGUGUUUCGUCUCGACUUUGACCAGGCUCCAAAGAUGAGCAUUCAGUUUAUGAAUAACUGUCUUGGCAUCAACGGGAAAACGUACGAAGGAUCCCGCAUAUUCAAAACUGAGGACUCUCAUAAUUUCUUCUGUGGCAAGAUGGACGCGGAACCUUAUCUUGCGGAUCGCUCCACUUUGCCCAAAACCAAAGGUGCCCUGCGUAUGCGCCACCGGAUGAAGCGGAGGAAGUGCGACGGAGAUGUUUACGUCUCUUCCGAAUUUUCGGUAAUCUGCAAAGACGAAGAAGACAACCAAGAACUACUUACUACAGUGUUUGGUUACGUCCACAAAGGCCUAGGAGUUUGCGAAUAUAUUAGUCGGUUGAAUUCCAGCGAUAACAAGAUAGUCGUACACUCUUGCGGAACUUGGGUUGAUGUAGCGGAUGAAGAAAUGGAACAAACUUGUGCAGUCCUGCCGACUACCAGAUUUAUUGCACCGACAGGGGAUGACCCAUUGGCACAAGUACUGGGGUCCAACCUGUGUUACGUUCAGUUAAGCAUUGACGGUGAUGUCCAGCCUAAGAUAUUCUUCCAUCUAGACUUUGAUGCGGCGCCUAGUAUGUGUGAGGUGUUUCUGGAAUGCUGCCAGAGCACGAUCGAUUCAUCUUUAAGUUACAAGACAUCUCCUGUAGCCGAGACUGCAAGUGGGAAGUCUUUCACGGCCGGUAGGAUUUCUUCCUAUCCUUAUUCUUACAUAGCCAAUUUUUCGUUUCUGGCCGAAAGGAAAGGUGCGCUUUGUAUGCGCCAAGUUGGCAGACUGGGAGAGUGGCGAGUCAAGCAUACGACGGAGUUUACCGUCAUGUGCUGCGAACCGGACCCAAACGAAAACAUUCAAUUGGGAACUGUCAUUGGUUACGUCCAUUGGGGCAUCGAGAUUUGCGAAUAUGUUAGCCUCCUCAGUCCUACGGAAAAAAAUAUCACAAUUCAUUCAUGCGGAACUUACUAAAAUAACAUGUCAUUCACGUUUCACGAGUAAUUUUUAAAGAGUUUAUGGGCCCCAAAAUGUGUUUUUUAUUGAUUUACCCAUCUUCUUGCGUGAACUCUGACAAAUACAAGUGUUUGCGUGGAAGAUUAUCCCGUUUAUUUCUGUUUAUACGUUACCUUACGUCCCUCCCUACCUAGCUAGAUCAGAGAAACCUCUGGCUUAAUAUACUGCGUGGAACGUU